UCAUCUCGCAAAACACUAGGUUUGUCUUGUCCUUUCAGUACAUUCCAUCGUUAAAAAGACUCCACAGUUCCGGCCCUUUGGAACUAGGGCACGUACAUACAUAAACCAUCACACAUUAAUCCAUCCAUGGCUUUCUUAUCCAAGUUGCCCUUGGUUCUUUUCCUCUCUUCUCUCUUCCUCCAUGCUGCAACAGCCGAGCUUGUUUGCGAGAAUUUGCCAAACAAUGUUUGUGCAUUUUCAAUAUCAUCAUCGGGCAAAAGGUGUUUGCUGGAGACGUCAGUGGCUAGUGAUCAUGGAAAGGUGGAGUACCAAUGCAAGACAUCGGAAGUGUUGGUUAAUGGCAUGACUGAAUAUAUUGAAACCGAUAAAUGUGUUGAAGCGUGUGGGGUUGAUAGGAAAACUGUUGGAAUCUCAUCAGAUGCCCUUCUUGAUGCAAAAUCCACUACCAAGCUUUGCUCUCCGGAUUGUUACCAAAUGUGCCCAAACAUUGUCGAUCUCUACUCCAACUUGGCUGCCGGGGAGGGAGGAAACUUGCCAGUCUUGUGUGAGAAACAACGCGCCAAUCCUCACCGUUCCAUGAGCGAGCUUUUGGGUUCGGGUCUGGCCCCUGGCCCUGUUUCCGGCUCUCCAAGCGCCCAUCCUCACGGCCGUUCCAUGAGCGAGCUUUUGGGUUUUGGUGUGGCCCCUGCCCCUGGCCCUGACCCUGUUUCUGGCUCUUCGUCUUGAAAGUUAUUCGAGAUAGUUCCCUUUUACAUUUGAUCUGGAGCUGCAGCUCCCCAAUAAUCAUGUGAUCGUCUACAUGCAUGGUUUUUGGAGUACCUGUACUUUAUAAAUUAGCUCAAUUUAAUGAGGAAUUAAUAUUAGUAAAGUUGAGAGACAAUAUGUGUCGUAGUGAUGGAUUGAAAUUUGAGUGUCAUUCCUACUAGUAUUGGAGGGGAGUAAUACUAUUAUAAUGUAUCUAUAUUACAUACUACUUACGUGGUAUAAUUUGAUUUGGAAGAGAAAUUUUAAAAUUUAAAUCUUACCAAUCAAAUUUUACCAUUUAAAUUUUGUUGAUUGUGUACUCUACACACCCAUUUGAGAAUAGAAUAACUCAAUAAAGUGUACUGCUGAGAACUAUUGCAUGCUA